ACAUACCACGCGGUGUCUCAGUGCCUAUGUGAGACACACUUAAAAGAAACUCUCCCACUCCCAAGCGUGGCCCUUUAUCUCCGUCCAGGACUAAGUUCCCCGCGCGAAGUGCCUUCUUCAACAGAGACUAACGCCCUAACACUUCCCGUAUCGCAUUGCCGCGUUACUCCGGCCCCGAACGCUGCGGAAUUCGCCCAUAGAAAAUUAUCCAGUGUUCUCCCUCAUUCCGGAUACCAAAUGUUGUGUUAAGUUAACGGGAAAUGACGGUAACAGGAGCGGCCAUGAUGCAGACAAUGCAGCCCUGUUUCGUUGGUUAUCCGUUCCAGGACUUUAAGACCUUUAACGAGGCUUUUGAAGCUGUUCCAGCCGAGAUUAACGAGGGCAGAAAACGAGGACUGAUCAAGGAUGGACUCUGCGACAGGAACACGGCGCCCUCAGUCUCCGCCAUCUCCAGACUCCUUCGAGGCAAAGAUGACGACGACGACCCCAAGAAAGCCAAAGAUGCCAUGAAGCAAUCUAGUUCCAGCUCGGACAUCGAGGACGGGUCAGAGGACGAGGACGACCCGCAGAUGAUGCUCAAGCGGAAGCAGCGACGUUCAAGGACGACCUUCACGGCCCACCAACUGGACGAACUGGAGAAGGCCUUUGAAAGGACUCAAUACCCCGACAUCUACACGAGGGAGGAGCUUGCCCAGAGGACCAAACUCACUGAAGCUAGAAUACAGGUGUGGUUCAGUAAUCGCCGGGCGAGAUUGAGGAAGCAGAUGGCUUCAGGCAGUAUGAGUAACUUCAAUGCAAUGGGGCUACCUAUGGCCUAUCAUUCUCCACCAUCCUCAUACAUGUUCCAGGGCUUUUCAGACCCCAGCUCCACCUUCUCUGCCCAGACACAAGACACCUCUGGGUUAUACCAGGGGGGUUCUGGCGGCCUACACCAGGGGGCCCUGGCCUCGGAGGCUCGGGCUGCUAAUAUGAGCGCUGCUGCCGCCGCUGCUGCCUAUCCUUCGAUGAGUGCCGCGCUAUCCUCCUGCACUAACUCCGCCUUCAUCGCCUCUCAGACUCCUGGAGGGAUGUGUGGAAGUCAGGGCACUACAGGGGGCGCUGCCGGUGUGCCUUCAGCCCUGACCUCUGGCGGGUCCUGGGCCUCCAAUCAGCUAAGGGGGGCAAUGGGGGGUGGGGCGGGCGGUUCGCCCCCCACUGCCGCCCCCUUCUCCCACGGUCUGGCCCACCACCCACGCACGCCCACGCAGCACUUCCCCACGCCCGUCUAUUCCUGGUACUGAUCCGA